UAGAAAAACGAUGCGGUCGCGAGUCUAGCGCCCUCCCGAUGAGGACUCCUCCUGCAGGUUGGUUACCUGUUGGCUAAGCCGGCGUGUUGCUACUGCUACUUGUUGCUAUCACCUAUCCUCCGCCAUCACUCAACCACCUGCCGGUGCAUUCCGGGACCUGCAACAGCAAGAGAUCGAUACGGCCGCACGAUGCCGCGCUGCUACAUGGUGAAGAAGCAAAGCAACAAGUACAAGGACUGCUGGGACGGGGCGGCUGUCUCAACUGCGGCGCCUGAUAGCCCCACGGAGGGCUGCGUCGCGCCCCCGUACUACACCCCGCUCACCAGCAGCACAGGCUAUUCUCACGAGUUCGUCCCCAAUGGGGCGGUGGAGACACCCCCGCCGUCCUCGAAGACAGCCACCGCCGACUCGCCCAUCUUCCGCACCCGCAGCGCCGAAGAGACCGAAGCCGCUCACGACCUCCUCUCCCUCUCGCAAAGCCUGCCCCCCUUGCCGGCCCCCGGAGUCGUCACAAUCCACCCCACCGUCCCGCACGAAGACAGCCCCCCAUCGCCCAGUCCCUGCUACUACCGGCCGCUGUCCCCCGAGCCCCCUUUGCCCGUCACCGUGCCCUGCUACCCGCCCCCGAUCGUGUAUGUGGUGCAGGUGCCUGCCGCCCCCACGCCGCCCACCUCCGAGUGCUCCUCCGACGCCGAGAAUCUGCAUUUCAGCGACAGGACCAAGUUGAGAGGCGUGGUGGGGGCCCAGCAGGAUAUUCUUAUCCUGCCGCUGUCGCCCGAGCCCGACAGCAGGCUGCAGGAACCGCCGCUGCAACCACAGCCGCCCACGACGGAUGUGGGACAGGAGACAGUGAUAGCAUCUUCCCAUCUCAAUAUUCCGGAUAGGCGGAAACGGAAAAAUAAAAGGACCAAUAAAAGCAACAAGGCUGCAAAAAACAACAAUGAUAGGGACACGCUCGAUAAUAAUGUUGAAAGGGAGAAGGAGGCGAAGCCGCCCAAAACGAAAUUCUACAAAGUGGUUGAGGACGAGUCCGACGACUCCGCAGAUCGCUCUCCCAGCGAGUCCCCCGACUCGACGACGACGACGUCGACGACGAAACUAAAUCGAUACUCCUGCGGAGAAUGCGGAAGACAGUACGCCACGUCCAGCAACCUCUCCCGCCAUAAGCAAACCCAUCGCAGUCUGGACUCGCAAUCGGCGAAGAAGUGCAUGACCUGCGGCAAGGCCUACGUCAGCAUGCCGGCCUUGGCGAUGCACUUGCUCACGCACAAGCUGGCGCACAGCUGCGGCGUCUGCGGGAAGCAGUUCUCGCGGCCGUGGCUGCUGCAAGGCCACCUAAGGUCGCACACGGGGGAGAAGCCCUAUGGGUGCGCCCAUUGCGGCAAAGCCUUCGCCGAUAGGUCGAAUCUGAGGGCGCACAUGCAGACGCAUUCCGGCGAUAAAAAUUUCAGCUGUCCGCAGUGCCACAAGACCUUCGCGCUCAAGUCGUAUCUGAACAAGCACCAGGAAACGGCCUGCUUGCUCUGGGACGAAAGGGCCAAGAAGAAGAGCGACGCCGCGACGGCGACGGUGCACGCCGAGACGCAGACCAUCACCGUCGACUAAGUAUUAUGACGCUAUGACGCAUUACACGAUUGCAAGGAAAAAAACUGAACGGGUCCGGAGAGGUGAGCUUUAUCUGGUGUACAGAGUGGUCAAAAAACAUAAAAUCAACCAAAGGUAACACUGCUUUAAGAAAUUAUU